CCUCCAAUACUACACCGUACUAGGAAAACACAAACUAAAGGCAGCCAUGAAAUUCCUUGUUCUAAUGUGGGCAGUAUUUCUAAGGUUGGCCUUUACAACAUCAAAUAAUGAAACCUACAACCUCACCAACUCAACAAACUUAGCAAAGCCAGGCUGCGAAAGCCGAUGUGGGGACUUGAUUGUUCCCUAUCCAUUUGGAAUUGGUACAAAUUGUUCUAUAGGCGAGCGGUUCAAUAUCUACUGCAACAAAUCCGUAAACCCUCCAAAGGGCUCUAUCACAAAACAUGAUCACAGCUGGAUCAAACUGAUAUCUGACUCCACCCUCCGGACUUCCAAUUUAGUCGCAAAGAGAUGCUCUUUUCCAGAUGGCUCUUGGAGUACAACCAAUAUUACCUCGGACUAUAGCCGUAAUUUUCCAUACACCAUCUCAGAAGUAAAUAAGUUCACAGUCAUCGGCUGUGGUAGUUAUGCGUGGCUGACCUCAGCAGCAAAGAAUAGGACUGUGUCUACAGGGUGUAUGGUGUUUUGCUCAAAACCGGAUGAGGUUGCAGCAGCAGGUGAUGAGUGCUCAGGAAAUGGUUGUUGUGAAUCAUCCAUACCCCAAAACAUAAACUACUAUAAAACUCAGGUCGAUAGCUUGACGAAUUCAGGCAACGUGUCGUUUGCUCCUUGUACAUAUGCCUUUGUUGGUGAGGAGAAUGUAUUCAAGUUUAAGGGUAUCAGUGACUUAAGAGCAACUGAUAGAUUCGACAAUUCCUUCAAAGAUAGGAUUGAAGAUACUGUGCCGAUAGUGCUUGACUGGGCUAUCGGUAAUAUGAGUUGUGCUGAAGCAGAAGCAACCAAUGAUUUUGCCUGCAGAUAUUCAAAUAGCGAGUGUGUUAGCUCCACAAGGGAAGCCGGUGGGUACCGUUGUGUAUGUAAACAAGGCUAUCAAGGAAAUCCAUAUCUGUCUCCAGGCUGCCAAGAUAUCAACGAGUGUGGUGAUGUGAAACAGUUUCCAUGUUAUGGAGAUUGUACGAAUACUGAGGGGAACUACACAUGUACAUGUAAAAAAGGCUACUUCGGUGAUGCCACCAUUAAAGAUAAUUGUCAGCGGAGACGAAAUUCAUUCAACCCUCUUCACUUAUCUUUAGGUUUAGGGCUUGGGUUCCUCACAUUACUGAUUGGAUUAUCAGUGUUGUACUUAUUGUUUAAGCAAAGAAAGCUAAUUAAGCUAAGAGAACAACUAUUUGAGCAAAAUGGGGGUGUACUAUUGGAAGAUAAACUUAGGACAGCAGGUCGUAGUGUUAUGAAAAUCUUUCAAGUUGAAGAGCUAGAAAAGGCGACCAACAAUUAUGCGGAAGAUAAUAUUAUUGGAAGAGGAGGUAAUGGCAUUGUGUACAAGGGAACCCUACCAGAUACACGUAUAGUAGCAAUCAAAAAGUCCCAAAGAUUGGACCAAGAACAAAGGGAUCAAUUUAUAAAUGAAAUGGUAAUCCUUGCACAAAUUAAUCACCCAAACGUGGUGCAACUUUUGGGAUGUUGUCUGGAAACAGAUGUCCCAUUGCUAGCUUAUGAAUUUAUUUCUAAUGAUACUCUUCAUCGACACAUUCAUAAUUAUAGAGCAAGUGGGAAAAUGAGAUUGUCAUGGGAUAGCCGUUUAAGGAUAGCACAUGAAUCGGCUGGUGCACUUGCUUAUCUUCACACAGAUGCUAGAAUGUCCAUCAUACAUAGAGAUGUGAAAUCUACUAACAUAUUGUUGGAUGACAAUUACGUCGCAAAAAUUGCAGAUUUUGGUGCUUCAAGGCUAGUCCCACUGGGUCAUGAUCAAGUCACUACUCUAGUUCAAGGGACCAUAGGAUACUUGGAUCCUGAAUAUUUCCAUACAGGUCAUCUAACAGACAAGAGUGAUGUUUAUAGCUUUGGAGUGGUUCUUGCAGAACUCUUAACAGGAAAAAAACCUAUUGAUGCACAAAGAGGUUUGGAGGAUACAAAUAUUGCAACAUAUUUUGUGAAGGCAAAGAAGCAAAAUCGAUUGCUUGAGAUUCUUGACCAUCAAGUGGUAAAGGAAGCAACUGAUGAGCAACUAAAAGUAGCAUGUGACUUGGUUUGUAGAUGCCUCAACCAAGUAGGUGGGAACAGACCUAGCAUGAAAGAUGUGACCAUGGAGCUUGAAACAUUGAGGAAGUUUAGCAAACAACAUCCUUGGAUUAGUGAAGAAAACUACACUAUCACACAUAGCUUAACGAUUGAAAGUGAAGAGCAAGAGCUUUAUACUGUUCCUCUAGUUUCUAAUAGCGACACAUUUGGAGAAUAUAGUUCAAGCACUAUGGGAAUGAAAGAAAUAAUGCUCCAUGUACAAAGUCCACGUUAGUAGUUGUAGCCUUAUAGGAAUGGUUGGACCUUUGCAUCCCUAUUUCAUGUUUUUUUAAUUAACAGUCAUAUUUAUGUCAUGCAUGUAUAAUUUAUACGCCCCGUGUAUAAGACUAUGAUUUUAUAAAUAUAAGUUAUAUCGUUUACUUUUUCUUG